AUGGCGAGUUCAAAUAAACCCAACCGCGCCGCAUCCACAGCGCGGGACUUUAAUAAUACCCUCAGCAGCAUCCCCGCCUUUGAAGCCAUGCGCUUCACAGCAAACUACGCAAGAAUGGCACAGGCGGAACUUCAAAAUUGUGACUACCAAGAGCUCAUGGUCGCUGUCAAAGAAGCCGCCAACCUCCUGCCAGAUACUUUCGAUGAGUGGCCAGCUGAGGCAGAAGAGAUCAAUACGAGGAUGGAAGAGAAGUUAAAGGACUUUGAUAAACUUGCUGGAGGGUUUAGGAAGUUUGUUGAAAAUGCACGGGUAGCUACUAAGAGCCAGAGACCGCCGAAACAUCAGAACAUCAUGCCUCGCGCACGUAAAGCAACUGAUUCGAAUCCAACACCAAGCAAACGACGACGCACCAAACAAAAAACGUUCCACUUCAAAAAACAUCAGCCAGGCGGCUCUGUUCCGUACCCCCACGAAGAAGCUCCCGCGUUCAAUCUCGAAUCCGUGUCUCUGUACCUAUCUCAAGGUUGGGACCCCAACACAUCGUGGGCAGAAGAUGAGCUUGUAUUCCCCCCUCCCGGUGGUGGCUGCGUGAUGCCAACUGCUAGUGAUCCCUGGUCACAUUUUAACACACCUCUACAUCGCGCUCUCUGGCAGAAACAGUUCGAUGUGGCUCAACUUCUGCUUGAUCACGGUGCUCAUAUUGACUUGCUGAACGCUUCGGGUCGUACUGUACUCCAUGAGGCUAUCGAUCAAGGAAUUAACACGCAUAACCGUGGAUGGACUGAAACAGCUAAAUGGAUCGUUGAGCACGGUGCUGACUUGGAUAAGAAGACCGAAGAAAGCACUGUCGUGGUUGCCAAAGAUUCGCAUACAGGCAAAUCACAUCAGUAUCAUAGAUCUGGAGGCAUCUCGGCAUUGGGAAUGGCCAUCAUCCUACGAGACUUGGUCAAGAUGCAGCAUCUUAUUGCGGCUGGCGCUAAUGUUAAAUUGCCACUUGAUCAAAGGGGAUGUUGGUAUCCUCUUGAUGUUGUGUUUCUCCGUCGCCAGAUGGACAUGGUCGAGCUUCUAGAGAAUGCCGGCGCCUCGUUUUCGACAGAAGUUGAAAACGGCAGCGAUCACUUUGAACAAUCCAGGAAACUGCUCACAUUCUGUCUAUCUGGCGAGGGUUUUAUUUUCCACUUGGCUGAAACGAGCAACAGCAUACCUCCGUCAUCUUGCCAAGUUGUCUUCCGCUCCAUUGUCAACACAGAAGAAUUCAGGGCAGUUUGGGGACAGCCGAAUAGCCCUUCGCGGUACCAGGCUUCUGUAUCGGCAUUCUUUCGUAUACUCUCUGAAAAAGCACAGACGAGAAACCCUUUAGAAAUACCAGAGUCUUAUUGUGGGAUUUGCAAAGAUGUCAUUACUAGACUAAACUCGUCUAAGUCUUACGAUCUUCAACAUGCUACUUCCUUGCACGAGUUGGAAAGAACGGCUCGUGAUGGCUGUCCGUUCUGCGGUCUGCUGCUUGAUGCAGUUGAUAAGAGUACAGUACCUCAAAGACUGAGCAACCAAACAGUGGCUUCUAGUGAGGGUGACAAAGUACAUAGCCCUCCAGGCAGUAAUUCCGAAGACGCUCCAAUCAUGUUACGCGUCUUCGAGACAUUCCGGGGAGGACGUCUGCAGGUACGACACGGCGACAAACUGUCGAACCUCCAGAUCAGUCUUCUAGAGGAGGAGUUUCUUGACUAUUCUCCCGACUCAAGCGAAGGCCAAGCUGGCACUGGAUCCUCCCGGGCGCUGUCUUUAAGCAAAACCUGGCUGAAGCGUUGCAGAGAGAAACAUCCUGACUGUCGACGAUUGCAUGAUACGACAGACCCUGUUCUUCCAACUCGCGUUCUGGACGUGACUGGCGGCACAUUGGACGACCCAAAAAUUAAACUCAUCGAAACAAGCAGGGGGAAACGGGCCACAUACUGCGCCCUAUCGUACUGCUGGGGCAAGUCACGUUGUAUCAUAACAACAAAAGCCAACUUGGACAACCAUAAACGUGACAUUACUUUAUCAUCGCUUCCCAGAACCAUCAGGGAUGCUGUACUGGCAACUCGAGGCCUCGGAAUCGAUUACCUCUGGGUAGACAGCCUCUGCAUUGUACAGGACGACACCGACGAUUGGGCAGCAGAGGCAGCCAGGAUGGGUGACGUUUACGCAAAUUCCAUACUGACAAUAUCCACCUUAUCCGGAACAGACUGCAACGACGGUCUUUUCACACCGCAUUCUCUCAGACAGCAAUAUGUCCUGCCAUUUCCUAUUCCCCCUACGUCAAGGCCUACUAGCGACUCGGGAUGGUUCGUGCCUGCAGUGCAUCCACCUGUAGAAGAGAACCAAUACGGCGUACUACAGCUACCUCUUCGAGGACCUGUUCAUUCCCGAGGCUGGACGUUUCAGGAACAGAUGCUAAGCACUCGCAUUCUGUGGUUUGGCGAUGGCCACGUUCAGUGGGAAUGCUUAUCCAAAUUCGCUGCGGAUUCGUCACCAGAGUCUAUGGGUCACUAUCAAUACCCCGGGAACAACUCUGAUGAGCCCUAUCGCUCUCGUCGGAUGAAGGAGCAUUUGCAGAGACCGUUCAAGAUCAAGGCCACUCUUCCACAUUCUGAGCAGCAAGGUCAUGAGAAGGAAGAUCGAGUCGAUGCUUAUACGGAAUGGGAGACUUUGGUGGCCGAGUACACGACAAGAAAUCUUACCAAAGAAUCAGAUCGGAUCCCGGCAAUUCUUGGUCUAGCAAAUGUAAUGGGACCAAUGUUUGAAUGCGAAUUCGUCAUGGGUAUCUGGAAAGGCAAACACUUUCUCCGGAGUCUUUUGUGGCAAGUCCACCAGGGAACAAGCAUGUCUGGUAACUCGUACCCAUCCUGGACAUGGGCAUCUAGGUCUGGCUGUGCAAUCGACUAUGCUAUGGCGAACGUAGACGGAGAGCGCACAAGCUCAUGGCCUACUUCCCCUGUUGCAAUAGAUGAAACCCAUGGGUCUAUCACUCUCAAGGGUCCGGUGGGCAAACUCACGACGGAACAAAUGGAAAGUCUUGCGAGUCACCUCGGCUUUGGUUUCACGACCAAGCUAUCUAUGGACGAUGAUCCAAAACAAUCCCAGGAUAAACCUCUCUCAACCUAUCUAGACUACCUUUCAGGCAAAACGACUGAAAUGCCUACAUGGAACAAUCCAAGGGAGAGUCUACUGCAAGGGCGUUCUGUCUGGUAUAUAGAUAUUGUCAAGUAUGAGCAUGGUGCUGGACACCAAGGAUAUGGGUUACCCAUGUGGCCUACUGGCCAGCCGGCAUCUGUCGUUAGGUUACUUCUUGAAGCUACUGAUUGCGAGCAACCGCCACGGUUAUUUAAAAGGGUUGGAAUUGCUCAUGUCCAGUUGGAGGAGCUGGAGGGUGUGGUGCGCGAGGUUGUGAUUGUCUAA